CGAAGAUGAGCUUGCCGAAGAAUUGGCGAACAGAGCGAUACUUUCGGCCACAAUGAACGAGGACGACGAGGACAGUUUUGGAAUAGCCAGAUCAAAUGACACAUCGGGCAGAAAACCCAGAGACUACAUGAACCAACCGAGGAGAAAAAUCGUGCCGAUAGAAAGUUUGAUCAAAGGUGAAAAGUACAAGAAAUCGCCAAAUAAGCUGGAUCGAAAAAUAAAGCGAGUGAAAAACAGGCAAGAUUCUGCAGAGGACGUGAUUUAUAUGGCUGAAGAGGUACCCACGGGUAGCACCCAGCCCCCGCCCGGUAUGCCUCCGGGUCCUACCAUUUGCCUUCCCCUCCAUACUUACAGGAGAAUGAUAUCGGCCGAGAUCGCGGCAGAAGGGAGGUUCAUGCAGGAAUACUACGCUCAUUCAAUGCAAUGUCUGAUGAACGAAAAGGACGCUGCUCUACGCACCCAGAUUUUCUGGCAAGAUCGGGCAAAAAAAACGGAACAAGAAUGUGAGUUCUUUGCUGACGAGGCCGUCAUCUGCGGACCAUCAACGAACAUCUUCGUACUGAGAUUCUGUCGUUGAAAGAAGCGAAACGCAGGCGCCGCAGCGCCAAGAAGCAACGGAACCGACCUCUCAGCAACCAGUUAACAUCGAGUAUUACCGAGUUAGAGAAUGCGGAGGGAGGAGGCGACGAAGCGAGCGAUAAAGAAUAGAAAACCAGCUUUAGACAUUUCCUAACAAUCACGUAUAUGUAUUUAUUACAAAUAAAUUAC